AUGUCCAAACUAAUCGUCGGCUUCACCGGGGUGCUCGUUGUGUCUUUCUUCACCUUUGUCGCAUUUUUUGGUCGUCUACCUGCUUUUAGAGGCACCCCGGUCGGCUUCCUGCAUCGCUUGAUCUGGAUUUAUAUUCCCAAUGUCCUGCUCGCGCUGGACUCUCGCCUUACUGGAGGCCGUUUGACUGCUGCUGGACAGCGAUCAAGCCACUACCUUUUCAAUGAGAAGCAUCCUAUCAUUAUAAUAUUCUUCCUUGGUCUAGUGACCGUCUGCGCUCUCUUCUUCAUACCACAGGUGUGGCCGUCCAUACCUACGAAACACCACUAUAUUCUACCAUUGGCAUUACCAUGGCCAUAUUACUUCACCUACCUUUGCGCCCGCGUUCGAGGAGGCUCACAUAUCACAAACGAGAACCACGCAAAACACAUGCAAUUAUAUCCGUAUGAUCGAAUCAUUUACAACCCAGGCCAACGAUGCACGACCUGCAAAUGGUACAAGCCAGCUAGGAGUAAACAUUGCAGUUUCUGCAAUACGUGUGUCGCCCGAUGCGACCAUCACUGUGUCUGGGUCAAUAAUUGCCUUGGACGAAGCAACUAUCGCUGGUUCCUUGCAUUGCUCCUCUUCACUGGACUUCUCUUGGUCUACGCGACCUAUCUUACAUGGCUGGUGAUCGCUCCUCGAACACGCGAUGCUAUGCAGCAUGUCAAAUGGUCGACACCGCAUUCAGCAAGUCUAAUGGAUGCUUGGGCGGCGAGAUUCAGUAAUUUCGGCCGAAUAGUAGACAUAGGCAUAACUUGUGGCGGUCCAAGCAUAUCCGGCAUUGGCCUACUCGCUCUGUUCACAAGUCCUAUGCCUUUCGGCCUGCUGCUAUUUCACAUCUACCUCAUUUGGGCAGGCACGACAACGAACGAGACAUCUAAAUGGGCGCUUCUACGCGAGAAUAUGUGGGAAGGCAGUGUCUUCAUUGCUCAGCGCAAAGUGCCAGGAAAACCUCCAACCGAGAGGGACUCGCCCUACCAAAACUGGGAAUUGGAAACUGAUUGGCCUGUACGCUGUCGACAGGUUGUGGUGCGGACGAGAGAUGGACAGACCCCCGUAAACGUGCCGAAGGAGAUGAGUAGAGUGAUAGACGAGACAAGUUGGAAGAGGGGAUGGAGCUUGGCAGAGGUAGAGAACGUUUACGACUUGGGAUUCUGGGAUAAUUUCAUCGAAGCCCUAACGUAG